GCGACCCCGCGCCGCCCGCCUGAGGAGCCCCAGCACAAAGCCGCGCCGCGGCCAUGGAAGAGGAGCUGAAGUGCCCGGUGUGCGGCUCGCUGUUCCGGGAGCCCAUCAUCCUGCCCUGCUCGCACAAUGUCUGCCUGCCCUGCGCCCGCACCAUCGCCGUGCAGACCCCGGAGAGCGAGCAGCACCUGCCGCCCCUGCUCCACUCGCGGGGCCCCGCGCCGCCCGCCGCGCCGGGAGCGGGGCCGGGAGCGGGGCCGGGAGCGGGGCCGGGAGCGGCCGCGGGCUCAGCCGCCUGCCUGGACUCGGAGAGCGCGGCGGGCGGCGGCGGCGGGGACCACGCGGAUAAGCUGAGCCUGCACAGCGAGACCGACAGCGGCUACGGCUCCUACACCCCCAGCCUGAAGUCGCCCAAUGGCGUGCGGGUGCUGCCGCUGGUGCCCGCGCCCCCGGGGGCGGCGGCGGCUCCGCGGGGCGCCGGCCCCGCCAGCUCCUCCCUCACCUGCCCGCAGUGCCACCGGAGCGCGUCCCUGGACCAGCGCGGGCUGCGCGGCUUCCAGCGCAACCGGCUGCUGGAGGCCAUCGUGCAGCGCUACCAGCAGGGCCGCGCCGCCGCCGCCGCCGCCGCCAAGUGCCAGCUGUGCGACCGCAGCCCGCCCGAGCCGGCCGCCGUGCUGUGCGAGCAGUGCGAGGUGCUGUACUGCUCCGCAUGCCAGCUCCGCUGCCACCCGGCCCGCGGGCCCUUCGCCAAGCACCGCCUGGCCCCGCCGCCCGCACACCCGGGCGCCCCCGGCGGCGGCGCGGACGGCGGGAAGGGGGCGGGCGGCGGCCGCAAGCUGCCGACGUGCGCCGAGCACGACCUGGAGAACUACAGCAUGUACUGCGUGAGCUGCCGCAGCCCCGUCUGCUACCAGUGCUUGGAGGAGGGCAAGCACAGCAAGCACGACGUGAAGGCCCUGGGAGCCAUGUGGAAGCAGCACAAGGCACAGCUGUCUCAGGCUUUAAAUGGUGUUUCAGAUAAAGCAAAGGAAGCUAAAGAAUUUUUGGUUCAGCUGAAAAAUUUAUUGCAGCAGAUCCAGGAGAACGGGCUGGAUUAUGAAGCCUGCCUAGUGGCUCAGUGUGAUGCCUUGGUUGACGCGCUAACACGGCAAAAGGCAAAGCUGCUCACAAAGGUCACCAAGGAGCGGGAGCACAAGCUGAAGGUUGUUUGGGACCAGAUAAAUCACUGUACACUGAAGCUACGCCAGUCAACAGGGCUUAUGGAAUAUUGCCUAGAAGUUAUCAAAGAAAAUGAUCCCUCUGGGUUUUUACAGAUUUCAGAUGCUUUAAUCAAGCGUGUUCAGGUAUCUCAGGAACAGUGGGUCAAAGGAGCCUUGGAGCCAAAAGUAUCUGCUGAGUUUGACUUGACUCUGGAUAGUGAACCUUUACUGCAGUCAAUUCACCAGCUGGAUUUUAUUCAGAUGAAAUGUAGGGUUCCUGUUUCAGUGCCACCUGUCCCAUUACUGCAGCUGGAGAAGUGUUGCACCAGGAACAACAGUGUGACAUUGGCCUGGAGGAUGCCACCUUUGAGCCACAACCCAGUGGAGGGUUAUAUCUUGGAACUUGAUGAUGGAGAUGGUGGCCAAUUCCGAGAGGUAUAUGUUGGCAAGGAGACUCUCUGCACCAUCGAUGGCCUUCAUUUCAACAGCACUUACAAUGCCAGAGUCAAAGCUUUCAACUCCUCGGGCGUUGGUCCUUACAGCAAGACAGUCAUUUUACAGACGUCGGAUGUGGCGUGGUUCACCUUUGACCCCUCCUCAGCUCACAGAGACAUAGUGCUGUCAAAUGACAACCAGACUGCCACCUGCAACAGCUACGAUGACCGGGUGGUCCUGGGCACCGCAGCCUUCUCCAAGGGCGUGCAUUACUGGGAGCUGCACGUGGACCGCUACGACAACCACCCAGACCCAGCCUUCGGCAUUGCCAGGAUUAACGUGGUCAAGGACAUGAUGCUGGGCAAGGACGACAAGGCGUGGGCCAUGUACGUGGACAACAACCGCAGCUGGUUCAUGCACUGCAAUUCCCACACCAACCGGACCGAAGGAGGAGUUUCUAAAGGUGCCACCGUUGGGGUUCUCCUGGAUCUGAACAAGCACAACCUGACCUUUUACAUAAAUGGGCAGCAGCAGGGGCCUCCAGCAUUUGAGAACAUCGAGGGCGUCUUCAUGCCUGCCUUGAGCCUCAAUCGAAACGUCCAGGUGACCCUGCACACAGGACUGGAGGUGCCACAAUCUGUAAAACAGCCCAAGUUGCCCAACAACUAGUGGAGCCCCCGUCUGACACUGUGCUGGAUUCUGUAAGCUUUCUCAGUGUGUUUUGGCACUUUUCAGUAAGUCAGUAAAAAAGCAUCCUCUUCCCUGACUUGAAACACUGUGCAGCAUGCUGGUCACCGGCUGGUUAGAGCCAGGCCACUCCAUUUUCAAUUUAACAGCCAUAGCAAGCACAUCCACUGGACUGGCACUCGACUGCAGAUGGGUACCUGAACAUAUCUACCCUGCGUUGCAUCCAUACAUACACUCAUGUGCACACACACACACGAACACAUCUGUACAGCAAAAAGUUAAAUGAGUGUAUUUUCUCUCUCAUGGCUGGAUUUGUGCUUAAAUAUUAGGGAUGCUGGAAAAAAUGGGUGAGGCUGAAGGACAAUGGAUGUUGGAGCAGUUUACUAGUAAGAUGAACUGGAUUCCCUUGCCACCUGAAGUCCUUAAAUAGAGAAAGCAUAUGUUUUGACAGCUGAAGUGGAGGUUAUAUGCUCAAGAAUUCCUGGUUGUCAAUUACAUUCAGGGGCUUAAAUGGCCUUGAAUUAUUCCUUCUGGCUGUAGACUGCAGUGAGCUAUAGGAUAAUGUCCCCUUGGAAUUCAGCGGCAGAACUUACCUGCUAUGGGAACAAGAUUGGUUCCUAAAUGCUGCCAUGAAAUAGCUGGGCUCAUUGUAGCUAACACCAUGAUACAUUUAGCAUUCAGGUAGAGAAAGUCAAAAGAAAAACAUCCUUGAUGCAUUUUAGUGUUUGUUAUUUAGGCAUGACUGCGGAGACACAGAAGAUCUGAUUGUGGUUAUCAGCACAACUUUUGAAAAACAGUGCAUGGGAGAUUCCUUUGAACUGAAAUUAUAAGGUUUAUUUAAAUAUGGCACAUGCAGUCUCCCCCAUUGGGAAAUGCUGCUUUCCAGCCUUGAUCCUGAUAAAACCUGUGCAGCUGUAGUUCCAAUGUAGCUUUGAGAUCUGAAGCCUUAAUUUUCUACUAGAUUACUGUGAGCUAAUUAAUGUCUUGAUCCUAAUGAAACACUUGAGAGAGAUUAAUAGCAGUAAUGCAAAACCCAUCCCUAAGACUUUUUCUGGAUUGGGACAUAAAUCUUUUGCAAGACUUGACCUGUGCCUGGCAUCUCCCAUGAAAACGAGCAGCCAUUUCAGGUGCUGCCCGUGACAACUGGCGUCUGACUGACAGUGAUCUUUUCUCCCAGCCAUGGCACUGUCACCUGCAUGCAGCUGUCAGAAAAACAAACAUUGGUUUGCCUGUGUGCUUCGUUUCCUCUGAACCCGGUUAACGUAUGCAAGUGUGUGUGUAUAAUGGCAAUGCGUGAGGAGCAGAUGCAGCAGACUUGGUGAGCCCAUGACAUCUUGGACUCUUGUCUCUCUAACCCUGUAGAAGUGUGGUGCUAUCGAAUAAGAGAAGCAUAAACUCUCAAAUCCUAUCAAUGUUCUAUUUCCUUUUUAAAAAUCCUGCUGCCUAUACAAAUUUUCCUCUUUGAGCAUACGUAUACGCACAUGCAUAUUGUUAUCAGGCAUCUAAUUAUUAAGCCUGAAAACAAAUAUUCUAAUAAAAAUCCAGCUUACUGCUUUGCAUUAAAGCACAGCCACAGGACAAACAGCCCAGGCCUGCCUUCAGGCAGCCUUCCAGCCCCCAGAUAUCCUGCUGCAGGCCAUUUCUGGUCUCUGUCUGGAGUACAUCACUCAGGUGUGAUGAGUGAUGGCAAGGUUUUCCUGUGGCAAAGCAGCCAGAAUCCUCCCGUGGCUCGUCCCACCUCACAGCUAUUAUGGGAAGGGAAAGGCAACCCAGAACAGAACUGGGCUAUUGCACAGACACAGAGCAGUCUGCCAUCCUGCUGCUUGUAACCAGCCAAGCAUCCCUCAGCCCACCUCUCCUGCGGAACAGCAGCGCACCUUCAGCAGCAUCAAGACUGAAACAGGAAAUGAAACCAACGAUGGAAAAAAAAAUAACAUAUGCUUUUAAGUGAGGAAGCAACAGCACUUCCUUUAAAGUCUGGAAUGGAUUGUAUUAGUGAACUCAUAGACAAUGGAAUUACUGUGCUAUGCUUAUCUUGGUUUUGUAAAGAAUGUCAGAGACCAACUGUGUUAUAAUCUUCGGUUUCAUUCAAUACUGUACAAACUCAUGCAAGAUUUUCUAAUUAGCAGGUCUGUUUUAACCUACCUCAGCUAGAACGCUACCAGACCCCAAAUUUCCUUGAGUGUGCUCUUCUGUGAACCUAACAGUUGCAACCAUAGCAUUGGCUUUGAGUAUUGCCAGUCAGAGUAGUGUAUGGGAAUAUUGUACAUAAAUUGCACAUAGUUUUUUUAUAUUGGGAAACAUCCUGUGAUAAUUUUAAUAUGGAAGGCACUCCACUUUCACAUGUAUUAGAAAAGCCAGGGCAUUGUUUGUUUUGGGACAGAAUCUUUGUCUUUACUCCCAACUUCUGUAAAGGAAACUCAAAUGAAUUUACAUCUUUCCAAUCUUCAGCCAUUGUCAGAUGUUUAAAAUUAAUUCUGAAUGGUUUUUAGAAGUGUUUGAAGUACCCAGUUUUUGUUUUCAUAGUUGCUUUGGUGUUGGUUCCUGGUGUAUUGCAUCUUGGGGAGAACACACUGAGCGACAUGUUGUUAAUUUCUAAUGAAUGUAUGGACGGUAGCUAGGAACAGUGAAUAGAGAAGCUCAGUUUUUACCCUCUAUACAUCAAACAUUCACAAAAGUAGAGCAGCUACCAUUGAAGCCUCCUUUAAACCUAGCAGAAAUGCAAAUAAAGUAGAAGGAAUACAGUUAGAAGUAGGCUACUUGCAUUACUAAGACUACUUUACCUUAGUGUUUGCAUGUGUUGGUUGUGUACACAAUCAAGGACCUACAUUUGGCAUGGCCUGUAGCAAUAAACCAGUUAUCAUAUAGAGUGCACUCCUGUGACUUCAGCUGGAUACAUUUUCAUAGUUUGAUUAACAGUAAUAAUGACUUAAGUAGUUAAAAUUACUCUAGGAAACUAACAACUCCACACAUGAAUAUUUAUACAGAGCAUGCAGGGGCAAUCUGAACACAAAGCAGAGCAGAACCUUCCCUUUGCACAGCAGCAUUAGGUGAGGAGAGGCAGGGCACUCCUACUGCUCUGCUCAGGGUGGAGGUAGGUUCCUUCUCUGCAGGCAAUUUCCCCAAAGUACAUCUCAUUAUAAACCCAGCAGUUUGCAUGUUCUUCAUCUAUAAUAUCUCUUAUGCCAGUUUUUGUUUCCUCCAAAUCCUUUCUUUAGAAGAGAGUCAGCCUUUAGUCCCUGAUACCCAAGGGGACCACUUUGUGUGUUGUUCUUCCUUUUGUUCCCUCAGAGUAUUUCUGCAGCUCUCUGGGGUUCCAAGCUCCUCUGGCACCUGGACCCACACAACGCUGCCUCUCACAGGACUCUUCAGCUCCUAGGGGCCAGGUUGCUUUUAUAAGCAGGAGAGCAAAAGCCUUUUGCACUGGGAUAAACCCAUCCACUAUAGCAUAGAGCCACACAAGGUAGCUGUAAAUUGACUUAAUGUUUUUAAAAACCCACCAAAACACAAAACCCAUAAAUACAACCUCACCUUAUUAACCAAAGUUUGACUUCUGCAUACGACAGUAUGGAAUCUCUGAACAGCUGCAAAAUAAAUACAGCAGUCGAACUUUCUGUCCGGCAGAGCAACAAAGGACUCUCAGUUUUCACCUACCCCUGGGAGCCCCAACCUUAGCCUUUUGUAAACCUUCUUCCUGGCUCUUUCCUCUGUGAAUUUCCAUUAAGUUCAGAAGCACUGUCAGACUUCCCAAGGCAUGCAAUGCUAUACAAAUUCCACUUCCGUCUUUUCCCUCAUCAACUUGAAAAACGCUCACAAGAUCUCUUAGUGUGACUUAAUGCCAAUAUAAGCACACAUAGCUGACAAUCCCUUGCUCCUUCUGCUGUGGAAAGGUAUGUGUUAUAAAAUAAAUCUCAGUGAAGACAGUAGCAUACUGUGAUGUACUACAAAUUUGGAAAGCAAUUUGGUUUCUAAAAACAUAGAAAAGAUAGGUAAACAGCACUGUCACCUCCUAUACUUCCCUAUGCACUUAGCAUACAUAGAGGAAAAUAUAUUGGACUGAACAAAAUAAAUUAAAUUAGCAUGAGCUUACAUUUAUUAGAGUUUAAGAGGAAAAUUAUUAAAUGUAAUUUAUUAUAUGCAUAACGUUCCAUCAUGUUGUAAAUAACACCAUGAUAGUGUAUUGCUGUAGCUUGUUCUUGGCUGGUGAUAGAGUUCUGUGGUAGUGCUGUGUAAGUUGCUUUUUAUUUUAUUUUUUUCCCUCAAAGCAUAGUUAGCAAAGAUGGCAGAGACCACCCCACACUCUGGUUUCCCAGUUGUUCUAGAGCAAGAAGAAAUGUGAGAUGCAGCUUUUUUUUUUUUUGAUUUCUCUUUCUUACAUGAUAAUAUUUCUUAAGGUGAGAGAGAUGAGAUUAAGGCUAAGCUGCCACCACCACUGUAUGAAAAACACUGUGUUUGGAACUGCCAACAAGAGGUAGUGCAUUUCUGGGCCACAAAUCAGAUCACCUGUAUGGAACCUCUGAGAAGGGAUGCAAAAUUCCACAAUCUGGGAACAGCAGCUUUCUGGUGCCAUCUAGCAUGUCUUUUGGUCACAAAACAGAAAGAUGAGGAAGGAGAGUUGUUAGAUCUUAUCUCAGGCCUUACCAGCUUUGCAGCAUUCUGCUUAAAUAGCAAAACCAAGAAUUCAAUUUUCAACCAGGCAAGAUAAUAUGAAAACACCAAGCAUCUUGGCUAGAUCAACUUUGGAAGGGAGAUUACAGUUACAAAUCAACCACAUUGCAAACGUAAAGGGCACUUGUCACUGAAAAUUACCAGGCAAAGAUGGAGAGUCCUUUUAUUUUGUUUUUUUUAGGAAAAAAAAGUGAGCUGCUCCUAGUUUUUACUGACAACAUUUCUGGUGGUUCCUCUGCCCAGCUCUACUGAAUACUGCACACACACAGCCAGGUGGAGCAGCAGCCUGAAGCACAAAUCCAUCAUUAAUAAAACACACUUGGUCUUCUCAGGUGCAGAAGCUCAUAUGCAAACCUCAGAGACUGUAUGUGUGGGGCUCCUGCAUCUUUGCACAAUACAGGAGACAGAUGUGUGUUUCACUGACAGAGGCACUCAGCAGCAUUUUCCCCUUCUGUUAAACGACCUUUUUGUUAUAUUUUUAUUGCAAACAGUUCGAAGCAGAAUUAAUUAAAAAAAUAUUUUUAUGCUAAUUGGAGAAAUUCUAACAUUUUCUUGUGAAGCAGUAGAUAGAAAUAUUCCUGAAUCGUGAUUGCAUUCCUUUAUCCUCCACCUCCCUUAAAUGUUGUCAAUAAAAACACUAACCUUCCUAGGUAGCAUGGUGAGAAGAUAUUAUGUGAUGAAUAUUAAAAAUAAAUGCAUGAGGUAAACCUGCUGUUAUUUCUGAUUGUUAUAUGAAGCAUGAGUAACACUAAUUUAAAUGUUGGCAACUAAAAAUUGCAAAGAAAUCAGAAAAUGGUGUUCAAUUCCGGUUAAAUGAAAGACAAGAAGUUGUUUCUAUGUUUUCUUAACUUCAACAUUUUUUUUUUCUUUACUGUCAUUUCCCAUAGCUUAUAUGAAUUUGGAGCUGGUGAAAUAUACAUCUCUGCUAUAUGUGUCUGUCACCAGAUCAAGAGAAAAAUACAAACUUUUUAUAAUUUUGUACCUGUAGCAAACGUUUGUAUUUUUUGAAUUAGAAACAAACUGCUUUUUGUCUUAUGGUCCAACUAAAACUUUGUGUAUUAUUACUAUUAUUACCCUUUUGGAAAAUCUGACAUAUAAGUUUAUGCUGUUUUACAGUUUCUAAAUAAAUUCUUAUAACAUUGCCAACAAAUCCAGCAUCAGUACCCUAUUUAUUAUUACAAAUAAUGAUUAAAAAAUACUAUACCAUUACAUAGACGAGGCAUUAAUACAGUUUGCAUGCUUAUCUCCUACUGUUGAUACUGCUUUGUUACCACAGUCAAGAAUAAUCCAGUAAAAGGAGAAAGCCAAGAGCAACCAUCAGACAUAUCCUGAUCCAGUGGCAUGAAACACCUCUUUCUCAGCACCACUCCACUAGCUCUGGCUCAUGUUGGUUACAGAACGUCCGGAAGAGCUGUGACCCGCCUUAGACACUGUGGGAAAUCACCAGUCUCCAGAAGUUUCUAACACUGGAAUAUGCAGCGGCUGGAAAGAACCAUAGCAUCAGUAGGUUCUCACUGGAAAGCCCUUUGAGAAGUGUGAAAGACUGGGCAGAAAGCUUGUCAGGGCAGGGAAGACCCAGACUUUGAGGACGGUUUGAAGUGACUGACAAGUCUUGGAGCUGCACACCUCUGUCAAGCAGAUGGCCUGUGAGGGACUCAGCAGUGCUUCAGAGGCAGCACACUCAGCCCCUGCAAAAAGGCACUCACAAAGCUAGACAGCCUUCACACAUCUGUCAGUAAGGCAGAAUAAAGCAUUGUGACACAGUGCCAGGGUAAGAAACAUGAACCCAGCCAAAACAAUCAGGAGAAAGUACAGACAACAGUACGAAGACACCAUCAAUCACAGCCUUUCUUUUUUUCUCCUGCAAGAAACACACCUUGUCAUCAACUCCUUUAUGGCAAUGGGUUUGACUGGGAAAAGAUUAUCACAUGUGGCUUAACACAUAGGGAAAUGGAAUAAAGAUAACUGCAAUAGGAAAAGGCAUGAGAAAGAGAGCAGAUAAGGAGAAAUCCCUGAGUUCUUCCUUCAUAUCUCAUUCCUCUAUGCAACUGCAGACAGAGGGCAAAAUAAGACAUGCCCUGCUCUCCUCUUCCCAUAAUCAAUGUUAUUCAAUCAAUACUGGCUUUCAUGUAUCAGCAUGUGCUCCAAAACCAACACAGCUUGCUGUGUUGUGUUGGUACACUUGGCACACUCUGUUCAUCACCAACACACACCAGCCUGGAGAAACACUAGGUGCAAUAGGUUCUCAACACUCUUGUUUGCCAAUGUUGUUGAUGCAUCUAGUAACAAAACAGGACUGAAAGUGCCACAUUUACCUGAGCACAGCAUUCCAAAAGAAUGUAGUAUGCCUAGUUCAAAACACCUUGGAGACAUGACAUGAAAAAACCUAUCUCCAUGUAACAGAAGUCUUUCAUAAUGCAUACACACAAUCAACAAAUGUGAAAACACAAAACUGUGAAUAAACUUUCAAUUUCCUUCCCCAAAAAACUUUCACAUUUCACUGCCAACUUAACAUUUCAGUUUUCAACUUUUUAGCUUAAGAACUGAUUUUUUCAACUUUUUACAGAUGUUACAAACUCGACUGCAAAAAUUGCACCCCAUUCUGACCAAGUUUCACUCCCAAAUAGCUUCUGGGAGUUAUGGAGGUGGAAAGUGAACAUUUUAACUUACCAAAGCUGAUGGAGAACACAAAGUCCCACAUUAUACACAAAGUGAGCUGAACAAAACUUUGUCAAGAAGUGAGCAGCAACAACUAAGCUCAAGGAUUAACCAGGAAUUAUAAAAUACAGGUUAUCCCACAACAUCCAAAGCCCAUCUGUUGCCUCAACAAGUCUUGAUGCUCUGUACUAAAUUCUUAGUGGUUACACCUUCACAUGCCAUUGUGAUUUGAUGUUUCUCUAAUGUCAAAUAAGUCAUUAAGCCUGUAACCAGACAGGAAUCUUAAUUCCAGUUUGAAUCUGCAACCAAUACUGAGUAAGAAGAAAUCAAAUGAUGCAAUUAUAAAGUGUGAUAACAGCAUUUAGCAACCAAACUCUGCACACCCCUUCUCUUCCUACAUGGCUCCAGGAACACUCCCUUGUUUUUUAUCUGGCACUUGACCCCUCCAAGCCCCUCCUCUUGGUCCCCUCUGUGCUGGCAAAGCCCUCCUCCAGGACCUGCAAGGUGGAAGGUGUGAGGGAAGCAGCAUGCCAGAAAGCAUCCCUGUCCACUGUGUGGCUCUCCCUAUCCCUAUCAGAACACUUUCCCAUCCUGAGAGAGGGGCAGCCUCUGAUGGUGCUGUUCUAUUUACUUGCUGCAAGCUGACACAGACCUCGGGGUCAGGGAUAACCUCACCCAGGCUCCCAGCCCACAGAGGUACCAGUACACCUAGAACAAGCACUAGGAACUGUUUUCCUUCCCAUGUACACAUCCUUCCCUGUCAGAGCUGUUCCAACAAGCACAUCUUCUUAGAACACAGAACAAAUUCUGUCAUUUAAGUUAUCCAUACCUUUGUCUCCCCCUAAAAUACUGAACGUUCAUUUUGGAAGUGUUACUAACAAUUGCCAUUUCUAAUGGAUGGACCUUAAAAGCAACAAAAUAAAAUAUUUAGCUAGAAAAUACAAACAGUGUUGUUCCAGAAACACCAGACUGCUGAAAUCCAAAUAGCACCAAAAGGCAGUUUUGGUAAAGAUUUAAUAGAAAAGUGUUAAGAGGCUUGGAAUCAAAACAAACAUAAGUUAACCAGGAACAACCAGUAGCAAUUGAGUGUCCAUGCUCAUUUGGUUCAGUCUACAUGGUCUUGUUUUUAAAAAACAACCAACCAAGGAACAACCAGUAGCAAUUGAGUGUCCAUGCUCAUUUGGCUCAGUCUACAUGGUCUUGUUUU